AUGAGUAAUAAAAAUGGUGAAGCUCCUCCUGCUGCCAAGGAGGAGACAAAGGUGCAUCAUGAGCAGAAUCAUGCUGACUAUACAAGAUAUAACAAAGAUUUUGAUUCUCCUUACAGUAUUUAUAUGACCCAAUCAGAAAAUAACAUGAAUCAAUUUGGUCCAGGAACUGGAAGUUAUGGGACUCAAAACUAUAGUUUACCUCCUCAGAACAAUAAUUACGGACAAGGGGUACCUCAAUAUUAUCAGAAUCAAGCUCCUCCUCCUCAGUAUAACUACCAAAAUACUCAACAACAAAUGCCUCCCCAAAAUGCAUUCAAUGCACCAAAUGCAUCUCAGCAGCAACAGGUAGCUGCUCCAGCUCAAACUCCAAUGAGCCAGGCUGAGCAGAAUACUCCACAGAGUUUCCAACAGACAAAUCAGCAACAACAAGACCAAGCAAUCCCUCAGCAGCCUCAAAAAGUACUUUAUCAACAAUAUCAGGGCCAGAUUCCAACUCAGCAGUACCAAGGCCAGGUACCUCCUCAGCAGUAUGGCGGCUACCAAGGGCAGCCACAAUACCAGAACAUGUAUGGGAAUCCCCCGAUGCAUCAAAGAGAUAUGACAGGAACUGACCAAGAACGAAAGAGUGCCAUUCAUCAGAUCAUUCUCAAAGAUACAUCCUGGAUGGAUCCACAGGAUAGAGACUCAUACUUUACAUGGGGAAAUAUCUCAGGAAUUUCUACAUUCGGAGUUUUAGGAUGUCUCUGUGCUCCUAUCGCUAUAUAUCUGAAAAAGUCCUUUUCUAUGGCUGAUAAAAUGAAAUAUCUCAGAUACUCACUCGCAAUUCAAUUCGGUAUCGGAGCUGUCUUCGCUUAUUCAAGCUAUAAAGUUGGAGAAGUCUUAAAAACAGUAGACAGAAAUUAUUUCUCAGAAUAUAACUUAGAACAAAUUAAAGCUUAUCAACCAAACAGAUGGAUGAAUGCUCCUCCUCCCCCGGUGAACUCGACCGGCCAGGUGCUUGCAGGGAUGAACAGACAGCCAUUUGGAGGAAAUCAACAGUAUUACUACCAAAAUCAGCAAGCAUACACUAACAAUGUACCUCAGAAUACAAACAUAGGGGCUCCUUCUCAGAAGAAUCAGAGUGAGCAAAAUGAAGUAAAUCAAGAUAAUUCUUCACCUAAAAGUGAGUAA